AAUAAUAAUAAUAAUAAUAAUAAUAAUAGUGAUCAUAAUGAUAAUAGUAAUGAUGAUGAAACUGGGUUUGGGGCUGUACGCCGACUGCCAUCUAUACAAAUAGACUCAUGGGAGUUUCGUAAAUUCGCACGAGAGGGUUCUAUUAUGCCAAACGCACUUAUUGCCUGGGAUGUGGAUGGUGAUGGACUGGAUGAAUAUAUUAUCGGCACAACAGAAGGGCAGUUGUUAGUCGUCAAGUGUGAUCAUCGAUUGCCGGUGUACGCCUGUUCUGUUACGGCCACUAUUUCUGUCCUGAUGUAUAGUCCAACUCACAGGCGUCUUGUACUCGUAACUCUUGAGGGACAGUGUGAAGUGAUGGAAGGAUUCCUUGUAGAGAGUCCUAAUAAUAAUAAUAAUAAUAAUAAUAAUAAUAAUAAUAAUAAUAAUAAUAAUAAUGGAACCCGAAUACCAAAGUCUUCUUCUGCUUUUACAGUUAAUACACAUCCACGUGAGGGAAGAUCUGCAUCUGUGAUGAGUAGAAACAACAACAAUAAUAGUAAUAAUAAUAAUAAUAAUAAUAAUAACACUAUUGGAAGUGUAAAUAAUAUGGAUCCCAUGUCUAUGGGUAAUAGAGACGCGGCAUCUAGUCAAUCUUGUUUACCUUCUUUAGUCUUUGGGGUUCCUACGAAUUGUAUUGCGGGUGAUAUCACAGCAGAUGAAGAUGGUAGUGUUAUCUUUCUUGGUUCCUAUGACCGGCGAGUAUAUGCAUACUCAUUACGGGAUGGUGGUGUCUGUAUUGGAUCACUCUUUCUACAAUCACCCGUAACUUCUAUGAAAUGUUUUGCGUUUGCACCUUCCAUGGAAAUACCAUUACACGUUAUGAAUAAUAAUAAUCAUCAAACAACAACAACAACAACAAAUCAAGUGUAUACGAAUAAUAGUAAUCAUCCUACAUCUACUUCUAAUACUAUUGGGAAUGGUAGUAGUGAGUCUGGAUUAGCCAAACACACGAUGGGAUGUACAUCUUUUCUUUUUGUUGCUUGUGGGUGCCGUAUUCUAUUACUGAAAGUAUCACGUGCGGAUAUCGCCAUGUGGGAAAGACCCAAUCAAUCUUAUUUUGUGAUGGUACCCGAACGAAUAGGAAAACAAACGGCCGUUGUAGGGAAUACUAAUAAUAAUAAUAAUAAUAAUAAUAAUAAUAAUACUACACUAAAUCCAGAAUCAUCCGGUAAUGAUACUUUAGGAGUUCGAAUGCUCUUUUUAAAUCCAUUUUGGCAGGAAUCUAUUCAUUGUAUUCCACAACCGACUGUUCCCAUGGAAGAUGAGAGUAUUCAUAGUGGUUUACAGACUUUCUCCAUAAAUAGCCGAGUGUUUUCAUCCUUUGAUACUGGACAGACAUUAUUAAAUGAGGAUUCCCGUUCACCUUCUGUCACUAGACAAGCAGAGAAACAUUAUUUAAGAUUUAGUAGUAAUAUUCCUUCUAUUUCUGCAUUACAAUAUGGAGAAGAGAAAAAAGGAAAAAGGGAAGAGGAAGAGGAAGAAGAACAGAUGGUUUUCUCUGAACAAUCCGAGAAGGAUGUACACUUGCCUCUCGCAGUAGAUGUGGCUGUUGGGCAAACAAAAGUGCAGUUUGUAGUGGCCGCUGAAGAUGGACGUUGGUUUAUAUAUGAAAUGUCCAUGUUUAAUGAGAAGAAGAAGGAAACUCUCCCAUCAACAUCAGAAAAAGAAGAAAAAGGAGAAGUAAAGAUAGAGAAUGAAACUCCUACUAUUUCUACACAACCCAAUGUUCACUGUAUUGCGAUGGGUCAACUUAAAGGACGUGGAUUUGUUCAACGAGUUCGUGUCUUUUGUAUAAAGAAUGAUGAGUUCUGUAGUGUUUUCAUUACAAAUGAUGGUUUCUGCUAUACAGUGGAUGGAAGUAAACAAUUGUGUAUAGAGUCUCGUGUAAAGCCAGAUGCAUUAUCUUUUACCAUUGUAGCGGGUGGAUCCUCAACCCAUCCAGUGAAACUAACACCUUCUUCUACUGUGAUGGGUAGUCAUUCUACACAAACCAAUAAUAAUAAUAAUAAUAAUAAUAAUAAUAAUAAUAAUAUGAGUGCGAACUCUUCUGCAUAUUCAACCACAACUUCAUUAGAGUAUGCGAAGUUACAACAACGAAAUAUACUUCGUGGUCCUAUUGGAGGAACGGUACUUCUUGUUUGUGUGACAUUGGAUGAACUUUUCAUUACAACUGUGGGUGGGGAAUCAUAUAUGUUACCCGAUCACAUCUCAUCUAGUAAUGUUCACUCUGUUGAGAUGUCGUCUUCCACUCCACCAGCGCCUCUUACACGUUCUUUUGCUUUUUUAAACAAUUCACGGAAGUUCAUUACAUCUGAAGAGGGAGGUCCAACUACUACUACUACUACUACGGCUGAUGUUGCCUGUACUGAACAUGAUGUUCAUGAUCGCCAAGAUGGUAAGUCGGUAGAUAAUAAUAAUAAUAAUAAAGAAGAAGAAGAAGAAGAGGCGUUAAUGUUGAAGUUGGGUACUCUGCUGCUUGAGAGUGCGGUUAGUAGUGAUAGUGAAAAGGAUGCGGCGUCUCUUUUCAGUGAAGAGGAGCGGCGGUUUGUGGCCCGUAAGUUGUGUGCGGUGGGAUACACAGAGGAAGAGUGGGAGUUGUUAUUGCAGAUGGAUGGGAGGAAAGGGCAGUGA